UCUUCACAUUAACCCCCACAGCUGAUCACUUCUUCCUCCAAAGACGCUCACUUGUCCCUCCCUCUUCUCUCUCUCGUUUCCUCUUUCUGUAAGCUUUUAAUUAGAGUGAGCAAUGGCCGUUGUGACCACAAGCCACGAGUACACCUGCUCCAUCCCUCCCGCAAGGCUCUUCAAGGCCUUGGUGCUCGACUCUCACAACCUCAUUCCAAAGGCUGUCCCUUCCAUCAAGAGCAUCGAAAUCGUCCAUGGAGAUGGAGGUCCCGGCAGCAUUAAGCAGACCAAUUUUGCCGAUGGCAGCCACUUCAAGUACAUGAAACACAGAGUUGAUGAGGUGCAUUCAGCCACCUUCUCCAGCAAGACCACGUUGAUCGAGGGAGAUGCGCUGGGCGACAAGCUCGAAUGCAUUAUUUACGAGAUCAAGAUCGAGGCUGCUGGCGCCGGAAGCGUGACCAAGAGCACCAGCCACUACCACCCCAAGCCAGGCGUUGAGCUGAAGGAAGACGACAUCAAGUCCGGAAAAGACAAGGCCACUGGCCUCAACAAGGCUGUUGAGGAAUACCUUCUCGCCAACCCUGAUCUCUAUGCUUAAAUCAAUCUAUUUGGGUGCCCGAGAUUGAGAUCGGUUUUGUACUUGGUCAUGCUACUGUGGUGUAUCUCUUCUUUUUCCUUUUUAUUUUCCCUUUUUCUAUUGUUUGUUACCGGACCGAAAGCAUUAAUAUACCAAUAAAGCCCGAAUGUUCAUUUCAA